UAUGUGUGUGCAUAAAACAGUUAAAGUGCCUUUUCACUCAAUCAAUUGUCUGUGCCAUGCUGCAGAUCCGGAUUGUGGGCACACAAGACUCAGUUACCACUCAACAAGAACAAUUGCUGCUGCCGCCUCCGAAGAAGCCGCACGACAUCUCCUUAUAUGCGGGUAUGAGAUUAUAUUAAACAUGUUUCUCAUUGCACUUAUUCGGUAAUUCCGUUUACCGUUUCAUUCUUCCUCCCCACAUUCAUUCUUACUCCUCAUCUUCAACUUAUACAUCCCUUAAAGGCCAUACAAACAAACAAACCAGACAUCCUUCUUUCUGGUAACUGUCAUUUCAGCAACCCCCCCCCCCACAAACAAAAGGACAAUAAUCGAUUAACUCCUAAACACACCCACCCAACUAAACAAGAUGUCACCUGCCGCCACUGCCGUUUCUGCUCCAGCAUACACUGGUCAUUUGACCAAUGGUGAUCCAACAAAAGCAGCAAAAUCAUACAAACCAACUCAUCCAGGUAAAUUUGAAGUUCAAUUCCGAGAUGGUGAAUAUAAUAGUUGUUUGGUAGCAUUGCAAGAUUACAGCAAAGGUGAAACGAUUGCAAUGAUGAGUCAUGCAUCUCCAAGUAAAGCAAUUCGUUAUUCAACAGUUCAAGUAACCGAAAAUGAUCAUAUCGAAUUAAACAGUGAUUUACUUUAUUGUAAUCAUUCUUGCUCUCCUUCCGUUCAUUUCAACGUUUCUUCUCCUGAUCCAAGUAAAUGGCACGCUGAAGCUUUACGUGAUAUCAAACAAGGUGACGUUUUGGAAUUCUUUUAUCCAAGCACAGAAUGGAAUAUGUCACAACCUUUUGAUUGUUCAUGUGGUGCAGGAAACAAGUGUUUAAAGCGUAUCUCGGGUGCAAAGUAUAUCUCACCAGAAGUGUUGAACACGUAUGUUGUCAACGAUCAUAUCAAAAGACUUAAAGCCAAUCAACAACAAAACGCUUAGAGGGACAAGCGAUUGAUGAUGAGAAAAGAGUCGUAUACAAUUUGAAACACUCCCAACCGCCCCUCCUUAGAUAGACUUCAUAGACCAAAAUUAUCUGCUGCAAUUUGAUAAGUGCACUCAAUGUUUUCUCAUAGAGGCAAAAGUGGUGAGAUGUCCUUCUAUUGACUAAUGUACAGGUGGAAGAUAGGCCGUCAUACGCUCCCUCAUACGAUGCGCUCUUUUGGUGCUUGUGGUGGAGUCGAUUGGGCUGCGAGUGUGUCGUUUGUGGCUGCUAUCGAAGAUGCUUUUGCUUGAUUGGCAGGGACGGGAGAUCCUGCAGGAGUUCCAGCAGGCACCCCAAUGUCACUAAAGUCAUCCUGCUUGAUUUUGUAAAUACUGUAGAGGUAUAGAUUCAUCGCUGUGACGGCCAAUGUUCCACCUACUAAUACGUUUCUCACCACAAAAGGUCUUC